AUGAUUGCACGCACUUCUAAUUCGCCUCAUGUGUUGAUCAUUGGCGGUGGCCUUGCCGGAUUAUCACUCGCUCACGGCCUAAAGAAGAAUGAUAUACCCUUCACAAUAGUUGAUAGGGAGACCUCACCUCGAGGCAGGAACUGGGGCGUCACACUAUCUUGGGGCCAUGCCCAGCUCGAGAAGCUCUUGCCAAAAGACCUAUGGGCCAACCUGCAACAAUGCCAACCAGACUCGUCUUUGAAUGUCAAGACUUCGGAGAAGCAGUGCAUUCUCGUCCGUGAUGGUGCAACGGGCGAGACUCUCAAUGCCGCCCCAUUUCCUGGAAUCAGGAGGUUGCAGAUUCAGAAGACCAAGAAGAACUGGGCCAGGGGUCUCGAUAUCCAGUACGGCAAGAAACUGGUGGACAUUGAGACCUUGGAAGACGAAAACGAUAAUGACCACCGCGUGCUCGCGAAAUUCGAGGACGGCACCAGCAUCGCGGCCUCGGUCAUCGUCGGUGCCGACGGCGGCGUCUCCAAUGUACGGCGAUGGCUCCUUGGCGAGGAGCUCGCGGCACAGGAGAUUUUGCCGUAUACCUUUAUGAACUUUUCCUUUACCCUCCCCGCUGACAAGGCGCUCUGGUUGGACCACGAGAUGAACCCCAACGUUGACGUGGCGCCGCAUCCAAAGAGCAUGUACAUGGGCAUCUUUUUGCUCGACAAGCCGGACCUGGAGAAGCCCGAGACUUGGGUCUUUUACAUCUUGACUACUUGGCCAGAUGACAAUAGUCUAGAGCAGGAUGAGACCUCGGCUGACCGUCUCAGACGGCUUAGAAGGCAAAUGGAAGGCUGGGCGGACCCGUACAAGACUAUUGUCAAGUUGUUGCCAGAUGACGUGGAAAUUGCAAAGAACCAGUUGAGGAUAUGGCAUACGCGGCCAUGGGAUAACCAUGGGGCCAGAGUCACACUCGCUGGCGAUGCAGCACACAGCAUGACGUUCCACCGUGGGCAGGGAGGUAACUUGGCGAUUCGAGAUGCCGACGAGUUUGUCAAUUGCAUGAUUGCAGUCAGAAACGGCACCAAGACCCUGAACGAAGCGGUCGCCGAAUAUGAUCGAGGCGUGGUGGAGAGAGGACAGGAAGUUGCAAUCUCCAAAGAGCAAACAAAGGCUUUUCAUGACUAUGAGAACUUUCUCAAUUCGCCAGUGGUCAAAAUGGGGAUCAAGCCUUCAGCCAAGUAG